GUGGCAAGAGAUCCUUUGGGUCUCUCUCUCUUCUCUCUCCCAUACCGGCGCAUUUAGUACUAGCUCCGUCUUUCGGUCAACUGUCAGGAAUAGAGAACAACAUCAAGUAUCAUUCACCUCUUUUCUGUCUCCAUGAGGACUGAAACCUUCGGUGUAAAAGCAGAGAAGGCGGUCACUGCUCGCUGGUAGACGCAGAGGGAAAACUUUGCAAGUGCUCUGGAGGAAGCGAGAUUCGCCCAGUGCGGUGGACGGGCGUUGAUCUCGUCUCCCGGCACAGCAUCUUAAGAAAUUGUCGGAGCGUCAAAAGUGUAGGAAUAUCAAUCCAUUCAUGCUUUCCCUAAUUUUGCCUGAGUCCGUCACAGGCGUUGCUUGGUUUACGGAUGAAACUUAUAUUCUAUUUUGAAAGCGCUGUAGGAAGGUGCUGGCAUUGUGCCUAAGAGGAAAGACAUGCUUUUUGAUCAAGAAGAAACAACCUAGGUGGGCACGCAGUAACGCUUGACGAAAAUGCAAAUGAGGUCAUGGCACUUCAAAUGGUUAGGAAUAUGGAUAGAACUUCUGCUGUUAGCCAUGUGUUGCCUGUCACAAGACACAGAUGACUGGCAGUAUGAUGAAUGCAAACUCUCCAGGACUGGACCACCUGCCACAAUUGUUGCCAUAGAUGAAGAGAGCCCAAAUGGAACGCUUUUGGUUGAGAAUAUGCAAAUCCAAGGCCGAGCGGAAGACCCAGGUAGAACCAUCUCUCUCUCCCUCCGAGACAACUACAACCACUGGGUAAUACUGGACCCGGUCAGACAGAGGCUCUACCUGAACAGCACCGGCAGGGCCCUCGACCGAGAUCCCCCCUCCUACAUCCAUUCCAUCGUGGUCCAGGUCCAGUGCACCAACGAGCUGGUCGGGAGCAUCAUUCGACACGAGGUGCGCAUCGUUGUGAGGGAUCGCAAUGACAACACGCCCCAGUUCCAGAAGCCUCGCUACUAUGUCGCCAUAAACGAGUUGACCCCAGUUGGCACCACCAUCUUCUCCGGCUUCACUGGGAAUAACGGAGCUCUGGACAUUGAUGACGGCCCAAACGGACAGAUCGAAUACAUCAUCCAGUACAACCCAACUGACCCGAUGGCCAACAGGACGUUUGACAUCCCUCUCACCCUUUCUGGCUCGAUGGUCCUGAGGGAGAGGCUCAACUAUGAGGAGAUCACCCGCUACCUGGUCAUCAUCCAGGCUAAUGACCGCGCCCCGUACCCCAACGAACGACGCACCGCCACCACCACCCUGACCGUAGACGUGUUGGAUGGGGAUGACCUGGGGCCUAUGUUCCUGCCCUGCUCCCUGGUUGACAACACGCGUGACUGCAGCCCCCUCACCUACCGGGCCCACAUCCUGGAGCUCACUGACCCAAGCAAAGUGAACCCUGUCAACGUGACGCCCAUCAUUCAGGCCGUGGACCAGGACAGGAACAUCCAGCCUCCCUCUGAGAGGCCAGGAAUACUCUACUCCAUCCUCAUUGGUAAGCCUGAGAAGUACGCCGACUUCUUCUCUCUCAACCGAACCACUGCCAAGCUGAAGCUCCUCAAACCACUCAACAGGGACCUGUAUCAAAGAUUUGACUUGGUAAUCAAGGCAGAGCAGGACAACGGCCACCCCCUGCCUGCGUUUGCUAACCUCCAGAUCGAGGUUCUGGAUGAGAACAACCAGGCACCAUACUUUCAAGACACCACAUACCAGGGCUUCAUCAUUGAGUCAGCGCCAGUGGGCACCACAUUGUUCGCUGACGUCAGCCUCACCACCCCCCUGGGCAUCAAGGUUCUGGACAACGACAUCGAGGAGAUGAAAGAUCCCAUGGUGCAGAUAUCCUUGGACAACUACAACACAAUCUUCACGUUGACACCUUCGGGGAUUACUCGCUACCUGACACUGCUGAAGCCCGUGGACCGUGAAGAGCAGGACAGCUACAUGUUCACGAUGAUGGCUUCAGACGGAGUUCAGGAGAGCCCUACAGUGACCGUUCAUAUCACAGUGAUUGAUGCCAACGACAACACACCAACCUUCCUCAACUCCUCCUACAGUGUUCAUGUUUACACAGACAUUCAGCCAGGGGAAACAGUAUUACAGCUGACGGCCCUGGAUGCUGACGAGGGCCCCAACGGGCUGGUGACCUACAAGAUCCUGGCGGGGAAUCAAGGCCACUUCGCCAUCAAUAACCGCUCGGGAGUGAUCACUGUGAUGCCUGGCAUCUCCCUGGCCGUGGGACGCUCCUAUUCCCUGACCGUGAAGGCCAUGGAUAACGGCCCAGAGUCCCAGAGGAGGAGCUCCAUCACCACCGUGUACAUUGAGGUGCUCCCACCCAACAACCAGAGCCCCCCACGCUUUCCCCGCUUCCUCUACAGCCUGGAGGUCAGCGAGGCCAUGAGGACCGGCGCCACUCUCCUCCACCUGCAGGCGAAGGACCGUGAAAGAGAUCCUAUUACCUAUAGCAUCCAGAGCGGAGAUUCCCACCACCUCUUCGAGCUCUCCCGAACGUCAGGGCUUUUGGUCCUGGGCAAACCGCUGGACAGGGAGACAGAGGAUCGCUACACUCUCAUUGUAACUGCCUCAGAUGGCCAUCCGGACGGGACCUCCACGGCGACUGUGAAUGUUGUGGUCACUGAUGUCAACGACAAUGACCCCGUCUUCGAUCCACUCGUGCCCCAAAACGUAACAGUUACAGAGGAGGAGGCCAACUCUUUUGUGGGCCAAGUAAAGGCCACAGAUCCAGACGCGGGGGUUAAUGGCCAGGUGCGCUACCGACUAGUCAACCACGCCGACCUCUUCAGGGUCAACUCCAAUGGCACCAUCUCCACCGCCGUGCCUCUGGACCGAGAGGUCAGGGGUCAGUAUGACCUCAUAGUGGAGGCGGAGGACGGAGCGGUGGAGGACCCCAGGAGGACCACGCUGACUCUGUCGGUGACCGUGCUGGAUGUGGAUGAUAACAGUCCGGUGUUCUCACAACCAUCCUAUACGGUCAAUCUGCCGGAGAAUAGUCCUAAGAACACAGUCAUCCUGCAGCUUACGGCCAAAGACUCUGACCUGGACUCCAACGUCACCUUCCGUAUACGGACCCCGGAGGCCAGGCAAUUGUUUGCUGUCAACCCAGUGACUGGAGAGCUCUCUGUGCUGCAAACGCUGGACUUUGAGACCCUGGCAGCCACGGACCACACCUUUGUGGUGGAAGCCCUGGACAGUGGAGGGAGCAUGCCCCCAGGCCUGGCCACUGUCACUGUAAAGAUAACGGAUAUGAAUGACUACUCUCCAGUGUUCAGCCAGGUGUUGUACAGGGGCAUGGUGGCUCCCAACGCAGUCAAGGGGACUGUGGUCACCACGGUACAUGCAGAGGACCUAGACCCCCCUGGUACGCCUGCCAGCCGUGUGCGUUACAGACUGGACCUCGAUGAGGACCCUUACAGCGGCAGCAUCUUUGACGUGAACGAAGUCACAGGCAGCGUCAUCACACGUGUCAACCUCAAUGAAGAGCCCAAUCUAGUGUUUAGUCUAAUCGUUGUUGCCUAUGACGACGGGGAGCCAGUGAAAGUCAACAAGACCCUUGUGGUUAUCACUGUCCUGCAGCCCUCCGUCAUACCAGUCUUCUCCCAGGAGGAAUACAGGUUUCCCCCGGUGAGUGAGAUGGCUACGGUGGGGAAGGUGGUCGGGGUCAUCCUGGCUGCUGCUAUCAAUCAAACAAUCAUUUACUCUAUAGUGGAGGGCAAUGAGGGAGGCGUAUUUAGGCUCAACAACAGCACCGGGGUGUUCUCUACGGCCAAGCAGCUGGACUACGAGACCAAUGCCAGCUACAUCCUCAAAGUGGAGGCUGACUCCAUGGAAGUGGUCGGUUCCAAUCUCAGAGCGCCCUCCAAGACUAACACAGCGAGGGUGUUCAUUGAUGUUUGGGAUGAGAAUGAUCACCCUCCUGUCUUUACCAAACCCUUGUACCUGGGAGGAGUGGCAGAGGACGCCAAAACAUUCACUUCUGUACUACAAGUUCAGGCUCUGGACAAGGACACAGGGAAUUACAGCUCCAUGCAAUACAGGAUUAUUAUCCCCCCCACCACCGACGGCAAGGACGGCUUUGUCAUCGAGCCCUACACCGGCGUCAUCAAGACUGCCAUUAUGUACAGGAACAUGCGACGGUCCUACUUCAAGUUUGAAGUGGUCGCCACUGACAAUUACGGCGAGGGGGGGCUGAGCAGCAAGGCAGAGGUGGUGGUAUCUGUGGUGAAUCUGCUGGAUAUGCAGGUGGUGGUCUCCAACGUUGCUCCUACAGUGGUGGAACAGAACAAGGACAAGCUCCUCGGGGUCUUGGAGCGCUAUGUGCAGGACCAGAUUCCCGGGGCAAAAGUGGUGGUGGAGUCCAUCGGGCCACAGCGGUUCGGCGACGGCUUCGAGCAGGAGGACUACUCCAAGUCGGACCUGAUGGUUUACGCCAUCGACCCGCUGACCAACCGGGCCAUCUCACGCCAGGAGCUAUUCAAGUUUCUGGACGGGAAGCUGCUGGACAUCAACAAGGAGUUCCAGCCGUACCUGGGCCGAGGCGGGAGGAUCCUAGAGAUCCGCACACCGGAUGUGGUGACCAGUGUGAAGAAGGCCGUGCAGACCGUGGGCUACACAGAGGGGGCGCUGCUCGCCCUAGCCAUCAUCAUCAUCCUCUGCUGCAUCCCUGCCAUCCUCAUCGUCAUCAUCACCUACAAGCAAUUCAAAGAGAGACAAGCGGAGUGUGCUAAAACUGCCCGGAUCCAAAUGGCCCUCCCUACAGGCAAAUCAGUGGGUGCCGCCACCAACAACCUUUACGAAGAGCUUGGGGACAGUGCCAUGCGUGGGUACGGACAUCAUGAGCAACAACAGUUGCUUAGGCCCUCUCUUCUGAGACCAGAGGAGCUCUCCAUGGAGUCUGGCAUCGACCCAGGCCAGGACUAUUACACCCAGGAUUAUUAUAAUUAUGACCACGGGUAUGAACUGCCUCAGUAUGGCAGUCGCAGGAAGUUGAUAUCUCCGACAGGCCUGUAUGAUGAGUACGGAGAGGUGAUCGUGGAUGACGAUGGGAGCUACUACUACAGUCCGCAGGAGUCGGAGGGAGAGUACGGGAGGAAGAAGCGGAUUAAGCUGGUGGUGGACAGGGAGUAUGAGACUAGUUCGACGGGGGAGGACAGCGCUCCGGAGCCCCAAAGAAACCGUCUGUCUAACCUGACCAACCACAGCAACAUCAAUGGCAGCGUGUACCUGGCGCAGAACGGCUCGGUCAUACGCACCCGCCGGUGUGUCCACUCAAACAACAUCAAGGUCAACUCCCCAGUGCGGCUGGGCAAGCACUUUAAGAAACUGGACAAACUGGCCGUGACUCACGAGGAGAGACUGCCCCUCAACAGCCCCGUGGCGACCACGUCCUCGGUCGACAAGACCCUCAACACCCAGCCCUCCAGCGGCUCCCUGGCCUCCAGCACCAGUGGCCCAGAGAGCAUAGCGUCAAAGUCCAACAUCGCCAAGGCCAGGAGCGAGAGAAGCCGGAACGCUGAGGAGCAGGAGUCAACAGUGGACAAUGAGGAUGUGAGAGAACCUUUGGAAUCUCAGAGCGAUCGCACACAGUCCGAUGAGGAGGAGCUAUGGAUGGGGCCUUGGAACAAUCUGCACAUACCAAUGACAAAACUGUGACUUUUGUAUUUCCACUUUGCUACAGUAUGUGACAAAUUGUACUUUUUAGUAUUGUCCUCCAAUUCUAUGGCAUAAAGCUAAAUUGAAUUGCACUUAAUUUCAAAAUAAUGUCUUUCUUUAUCAGUAAUCCACUGGUUUGCUUUUAUAGUACAAAAGUAAUUGGCGUAAUCUUAUAAAAUAUGCUACAUCUAAAUGUAGCUACAUUCAUUUAAGAGUUUUUGCAACCAGCAAGUUAUGAUGUUUCUUUUAAAUACAGGUUCUUCAAAAUGUUGAGUUUACAUGCUAUUUUCCUAAUAUAGCCACUUCUAGAAUGUUGUUUCCAUAGAAGACUGGAUCAAUUUAGCUGGGAAAAAUGAAGAUGUAUGGAAUAGGGAUGCACUUGCUGUCCCCCUGGGCCUAUAGUUGUGUUUUGGAGACACCCCAAUCAUAAAAGUCACUCAGACUUGAAUCCAUUGUUAUUUUUUUUUCUUCAUUUUUAUACAGAUUGUUACAUUUUUUUUAGGGAGAAUUGAAAUACUAUCUUGUUUGCUGCAUACUGCAUAUUUGACACGUCUUGAAAUAACAAUUCUGGUUGUGGUCUUUGUUUUGAAUCGGUAUUCGUACUGGCCAUGUGAUGUCUAUAAGCACAUAAAGCAAUGCAGUAAUCUUUGUUCUAGUGCUGAUAUAUCAAACACACCUUCAUCUGUCUGGCUACCGACCUGAUGAUGGAUACAGAAAUAAACAUUUCACGCCAAAAUUAUGCUAGUUUUAUUCAUCUAGUCCUUUCCCCCUCUCUGAAAUAAUAAAACAUAUAUUUGUUUGCAGCGAGAAGUAUGCCAAGUUCAAAAACCCAGUCUACUCUAUGCAUAGUUAAAAUGUGAUAUUGCAGUCUGUUAAAUUUCCAUGCGUUUGCUUUUGCUCUGAGAAUCAGCAGUGUGAUAUCGAUUACAUUUCAAGUACUUUGGUUGCUAUUCACUAGAGCUAGAGAACUUAAGAAGAAAGUGUUUCUUUUUAAUCGUUUCUGGAAGGAGAAUAUAUCAAACAUCCAUUUUUAUUGAUUUAAAUAAAUUGCCUGAUUAUGGCGA